GUCUUUAUGGAAACAAGACAUGUUUUGGGGAGGCAGAUCCGAAACUUUUCUUUUUCUAGUUUUGUUUUUUGAGAUUAGUGUGAAGUCUAGUGUUGUCCCACUCACUAUCGUAUAAGAGAGAGCCUGAGCAAGAAAUGCGAGUCAUCAGUGGGAGCUACUGUUUUCCUCAGGUGGGAAGAGGGUGAAGGACUGACUCGGUUUCGCUCACUGAAGAGAGAGAGGGAGAGAGAUGAUUGAUUUCGCCUCCUCUCUUCUUUCUGUUCAGAUCGACCCAAGAUCAUCGUCAACUCCUUGAAGAAUUCCGUGUCGCUUCUCGUCCCCCUUCUCCUCACCUCUCCAGACCCACAAUGGAGAGGAGACUCAACAGGGCUUGCGUUCUUCUCAUGGUGAUAGGUGCGAUGGAGAGGUUCGUGUUCAAAGGGGUGGCGUCGAAUCUGGUGACGUAUCUGACGGAGGUGAUGAAGAUGAGCAACUCGUCGGCGGCGAAGAUGGUGAACGCCUGGUGCGGCCUCACCUCGCUGCUCCCUCUGUUGGUGGCGCCCCUCGCCGACUCCUACUGGGAUCGCUACUCCACCGUCUUGUCCUUCUCUCUCUUCUACGUCGUGGGACUCAUGGCAUUGACAUCGACCGCGUUGGCAUCGGUGCAGCACCCGCCGAGCAAGCCCGACUAUUCUCCAUUCCUCUUCUGGUCCCUCUGUUUGAUCUCGGUCGGCCUCGGCGGCUACAACCCAUCGUUGCAGGCAUUCGCGACGGAUCAACUCGACCCUGAAGAGGAAUUGCCUUGCAGCAAGGGUGACAAGAAGUCGGGCAAGAACAGCUUGUUCUUUCAAUGGUGGUACUUUGCCAUUUGUAGUGGCAGCCUCCUGGGGAUAACAUUCAUGUCAUACAUACAAGAUACCUUCGGGUGGGUUCUGGGGUUUGCGAUACCAACCGGAGCGAUGAUCGUGUCGGUUGCAUUUUUCUCAUGCGGGAACAGAAUUUGUGGGUACAAACAAGAUGCGAAUAAUGUCGGUAACAAGCCUUUUCAGAUCGUACUCAAGAGCAUCCGAGCGAUUGCAUCCAAAUUCAAGACUGGAGCAAUUUCCUUAACAGAUGAGAAGUCUGAAUUGGUUGAGCUAGAGCUGCAAGAGAAACCUCUCUGUCCUCAAAACGUCGGGGUGACCGAAAACUUGGAAAAGAACCCCAAAAGCAGUCGAAUAUAUGCGAUCAACAACGGGGAAGUAGUACUUCGAUUGCUGCCCAUCUGGACGAUGCUCCUCAUGUUCGCGGUGAUCUUCCAACAACCGUCGACCUUCUUCACAAAGCAAGGGAUGGUGAUGAAACGGAACAUCGGGAGCCACUUCGACAUCCCCCCGGCGACCUUCCAGAGCGCCAUCACGCUGUCCAUAAUCCUCCUGAUGCCUCUGUACGACAAGAUGCUGAUCCCGAUCACUCGGCUAUUCACACGCAACGAGAAAGGCAUCAACGUGAUGCAGAGGAUGGGGAUCGGGAUGUUCUUCUCGAUCACAGCCAUGGUGAUAGCUGCGCUCAUCGAGACGAAGAGGCUCGAGAUGACCAGAGGAAGAUCUUCCUCCGCCGAGCUGAGCAUCUUCUGGUUGCUCCCGCAGUACAUCCUGCUGGGCAUAUCCGAUGUCUUCACCGUGGUGGGGAUGCAAGAGUUCUUCUACAGCGAAGUCCCCGUCAGGAUGAGGACCAUGGGAUUCGCACUGUACACCAGCGUGUUCGGAGUGGGGAGCUUCUUGAGCGCGCUGAUGAUAACGGUGAUCGAGUACUUCACGAGGGGGGACAGCUGGUUCUCUGACGACAUGAGCAAAGCCCACCUCGACAGUUACUACUGGAUUCUGGCAAUAGCGAGCUCAUUGAGCUUGCUUCUGUACAUAACAUCGUGUAAAUUUUACAGGAGCCCUAAUGGUGCGGAACGUGAGGAUGGUAUAUGACGUCAUUGUUUUUUCGUUUUGGUUC